AUGGAUCUCAAUACCGAGGACAAUAACACGCGAAGCCAUUCACAAGCCCUCCUUAAUUCAAACUUUGAUGAGAAUAACCUCUUUUUACUGCCGUCAGCUGGCAGAUUAUCUGAGAGCGUUAGUGGGGACGAAGAACCCGCAACGUAUCUCUCUUCUCGCCUUCAAGCUGUGGAGGCACUUCAGUCGGAUGAUUCUAGCGGUGCCGAGGAAGAAACGGAUCGAAAGGACGACCCUGUAGCCGGCGGCUACCCAGAAGAUUUAUUUUUAUACUUAUCUGAUCGCGAAAAAGAGGAGUACACAUGCUCCAUAUGGUAA